GCUGUCCAAUGGAGAGUCUCCGGGGGCGGGGCCAGAAGACCGGCGUUGAAGGAGGUCCCGGGAGCUGACGGCCCAGCACUCUAAUGAGCGCUGGUCAGGCAGUGGCGGGGAGGCCUUGCAGCCGCGAGCGAUCCUGCCGUCUCCGCUGUGGACAUGUGCGGGGGGCCCUUCCCGGAGUCCAGAUGACGCUCGUGCCAGUGGCGUCGGUGAUGGCGGCGACAGAGCCGAGAUGGGUCUCGGUCUGGAGCCGCUUCCUGUGGCUGGUGCUGCUCAGCACGGUGCUGGGGUCCCUGCUGGCGCUGCUGCUGCCGCUGGGCGCCAUGGAAGAGCAGUGCCUGGCCGUGCUCAAGGGCUUCUACCUGCUCAGGAGCAGACUGGACAGGGCGCAGCAGGCCGUCACCAAGCGCACCAGCCGGUCCACCGAGCUCAGUGUCACCUCCAGGGACGCCGGGCUGCUGGUGGUCAAGACCAAGCCCUCCCCAGCAGGUAAGCUGGAAGCCAGAGCGGCCUUGACCCAGGCGCUGGAGAUGAAGCGCCAGGGCAAGCGGGACAAAGCCCGCAGGCUGUUCCUGCACGCGCUCAAGAUGGACCCGGACUCCGUGGACGCGCUCACCGAGUUCGGCGUCUUCUCCGAGGAAGACAAGGACAUCAUCCGGGCGGACUACCUGUACACGCGCGCGCUCACCAUCGCGCCCCACCACGAGAAGGCGCUGGUCCGCAGGGGCCGCACGCUGCCGCUGGUGGACGAGAUCGACCAGCGCUACUUCAGCACCAUCGACAGCAAGGUGAAGAAGGUCAUGGCCAUCCCCAAGGGGAGCUCGGCCCUGCGCAGGGUCAUGGAGGAGACGUACUACCACCACAUCUACCACACGGUGGCCAUCGAGGGCAACACCCUCAGCCUCGCGGAGAUCCGGCACAUCCUGGAGACGCGCUACGCCGUGCCGGGCAAGAGCCUGGAGGAGCAGAACGAGGUCAUCGGCGUGCACACAGCCAUGAAGUACAUCAACACGACGCUGGUGUCACGCAUCGGCUCCGUCACCAUCGGCGACGUGCAGGAGAUCCACCGGCGGGUGCUGGGCUACGUGGACCCCGUGGAAGCCGGCAGGUUUCGGACGACGCAGGUGCUGGUGGGCCACCACAUCCCUCCCCACCCCCAGGAGGUGGAGAAGCAGAUGGAGGAGUUCAUCCAGUGGCUCAACUCCGAGGACGCCACGCAGCUGCACCCGGUGGAGUUCGCAGCGCUGGCCCACUACAAGCUGGUUCACAUCCACCCCUUCAUCGACGGCAACGGGAGGACCUCGCGCCUGCUCAUGAACCUCAUCCUGAUGCAGGCCGGCUACCCGCCCGUCACCAUCCGCAAGGAGCAGAGGUCAGAGUACUACCACGUGCUGGAGGUCGCCAACGAGGGCGACGUGAGGCCCUUCAUCCGCUUCAUCGCCCAGUGCACCGAGACCAUGCUGGACACACUGCUGUUCGCCACGACCGAGUACGCGGUGGCACUGCCAGAAGCCACGCCCAGCAAGGAGACGCUUCCCGUGAAGCCCUGACCCUCAGUGCCAAGGAGCGCCACCAUUUCUAGAAACCUCCACACCUCCCAAAGCAACAGGAGACCCUAAACAUGCUUUACCUCCAAACGUUUUUUAGUUAAAAUGGAAACCUAAAUUAUUAAGCCUUGUCUUCAAGAUAAUUUAUAAUUCAGUAGUUAUUUAUUUUCUGUUAACUGCUGUGUGGCGCCUGCCACGUCUGGUGGUGGUAGCCACUGGUCUGCUGGUUUUCCCAGCAUGCUCCAGGGGCGGCCAUGCUCCUGUGUGACCAGAACCCGGGUUCUGGAGCAGAAUUUGCACUAAGGCGGAGGAGAGGAACCAGGGAUGACUCUUCCAGCCUUCCUGAAGGGAGCACUCCUGGCGGAGCACCUGGUCCCAGGUGAGGAAGGAGUGAGAGCUCUCACCGAGAGGUUAGCAUGGGGAUUACCGGUAGAGCAACUUUCGGAGAAAGGAAUGCUGACUUUUCUUGCUUGUCCCCAGGCAGGCCCUGAGCACUAUUGAGUUCGCCAAGUUGAGCACCAGAGGCUGUCCUUUUCCCUUGAGAUUAUUUGGGUGAGGGAGGCCAGCCUGGUCCACUUUGUUGUCACGUGUCUCCUGCACUUCAUUUGCGGGUGCUCAGACCAGGUGUUUCUCUCUGAAGGUUCUCUGGUUCACGGCCCCAGGGCUGUGCACACGUCCCGGAACACAUGUCAGAGAACAGAUGGCACACUGGGCAGGAACCUCAGCACCAGCCUCACUGACCCCCGCACGCACCUUGCAGGCAGCACGCAUGCCCUCUGCCACGUAGCACUACCCUGACCUGGGCCCACAGCCCAGUGUGCUUUCCUCUGGGAGGCCAGACAUGGCCUCAGAGUCGCAGAAUUUUCCUAGCAAUUUGUAAAAUGAUACAACGCAAUAUAGCCAAGUUCCCAAGUCCUCAGGAAGUACAAUGCCUGCUUCCCACACAGGACUGCUGCCAGUCAGGGUCACGGGCUCGGGUCCCAGCGGCACAGCGGCGCCGCCGAGGGCUGUCAGCGUGCGUGCUGGGCGCUGUACGGAGUGCCACCUCGACGGCAGCCAGGAGGCAGCUCUGAGAGCAGUGAGGCUGCUGUUCUGAGGUCUGCCUGCUCCACAGGCUCUUCUGGAAGGGGAAGUGGGAAGAUGCAGGAAACGUCUGCAGGUGACAUCCAAGCCUUUAUAAGAAGUUUGCUAUUUUUAUCCUGCCGCGGAUUUUUCCUAAACCUUUGCUACAUCCUUUUGUCCUGGUUUUAUAAGCAGACCACAGAAGUCAUGAAGGGUUUGCUUUGUACCACGGAGUGAGAGCAUUUGCACUUUAGCUUUAUGUGAAGGAUAUUAUUUUAAGGUAAUAAAGUAUUUUGUUAAAUACAUGCGUGAGGCUUUGCUGUCGUGUUUGAGAUGUUUCCACAGACUGAACAGAUCCCACGUGGUCGUCUCGGCAGGCAAACGAGACAGAACUGGUUGGAUACAGGCCGACCCGGGUUGGCAGGGAUGAGUGAGUGACGUCAUGAAGACACAAGCAGCUGCAAAGGUGUCCGUGGGUGUUCACCCUCAGGUCUGGACUGAGGAAGAGGCGCCCACCCUGAGUCCAGUCAGCACUGAACCCAACCUGGGCCUUCUCAGGCCUGGAAAGGCCGCCGGGGUGACGGCUGUGCUGACCCUGGAGAGCGUGGAGUUAGGUCACACUACCAGUCAGAAGACAGGGAAGCCUGAAGUGACGGGAAUAUCUGGGGCUUUCCAGUGCCGGGGCCCUGGCCACCUGGACUCCCGGUGCACUCCCGUGAUCAGCUGAGCAGCCAGCCAGCACAGAGCAAAGGCACUGCCACCCAGUUCACAGGUCACCCUAAAACAUGUGUCGCUUUGCCCAAAAACAGACGGUGGGGGGGACUCAAACUUUCUGGGAGGUUUACCCGACGAUAACUUAGAGGGAGGGACACUGCACUUACGAGAGGGCAGAAAGCCCGCCCUGUGGACAGCUGGCACCUGCAGGGGUGAGUCCGACCCCCGAGACACCGACCGGCCCCAGCACUGCUGGGGAAGUGCUAUGGCCUGUCCAGUGUACAAGAGAACAGGGAGUGGGUCAAAGACGGACAGGGCUGGGAGGUGCCAAAUGCAGCGAUGGGCAAGCUGGAGUCUGUUUCUGUCAUCUGUUUAACGUGUCCCAAUAGAAGAACUGAAAACAAAUGGAGGACUGAUAGCCACUGCAUAAAAAGACUCCCUGGGGGCGCAGGCACUCAGCCCAGCGGUCAGGAUGCCCAAGUCAGUCCUACAGCAGAGAACCUGGCUCCCGGCUCCCUACUCCUGCCAGUGCAGACCCUGGGAGUUGGCAGGCGAUGGCUCGACAGACAGACAGCUGGCCGCCCAGACCCACCUGAGAGACUGACUGCAUUCCCAGCCCCAGCCCCAGCCCCUAUGGGCGUGUAGGGAUUGAAUCAGAAGAGGGGAGGGCACUCGCGCUCUGCCUGUCAAAUAAUAAAAAUACUGUCGAAGAAGAAGCUCGGUGCCUCUAGAACGUCAGCUUCCUUACUGAACUGGCAAGGCUGCUUCCAAAGCCGUAAGUCCCUGAUAAAAGUGAGAGAGUUUAAAAACUCAAGCAUCAAACUGAAGUUUACAACUGAAGAUCCAUCACAGCAGAAAUAAUUUAAAUCAAAAUGACCACAAGAUUUGACUUAGAAAAGUUCUAUUUAUAGCUACAGGCCGCCCUGAGGAAGGGUUCUGAGCACCACUCAGCAAGAAGAGUUUAAGAGAACUUCUGUUUAAUAAACAAAGCUAAACGGGGAGGACAUGGUGUUUCAACAAAACCAAAGAGCUGAAACUCAGGGUUCAGACAAGAAAAGCCAGUCGGCAGGCAGAGGAAGUGGCCCGCGGCAGGUGGCACACGGCCUCCGGUACAGGUAUAAAACAAACAUCUGGAUACUGCUUUUAGGAAACGAAACCACAGGCUGAGGUGUCAUUUACAAACACAAUAGAAAAACACACAGCCCCC